AUGGAGAACGCAACUGAUUCAAUCACAACGUAUGAGACGGGGACUAUAGAGGAAGUCCAAGACGAAAGAGGGUGGGACGAUGCAACGUGGAUUUUGACGAGCGCGUUUAUUAUAUUCACCAUGCAAUCAGGAUUUGGGCUUUUGGAAUCUGGUUCGGUAUCAAAAAAGAACGAAGUAAACAUCAUGGUUAAAAAUGCCAUUGAUGUGAUAUUUGGUGGAUUGUCAUAUUGGAUGUUCGGCUACGGAAUAAGUUUUGGGAACGACGCCGGUUCAAAUGCGUUUAUCGGGAUAGGUUAUUUUUUUGUAGACGAUACAGACGAAAAUAUGAUGGGCACUCUGUUUUCCAGUUUCUUUUUCCACACUUCGUUCGCAACAACGGCGACGACUAUAGUCAGUGGAGCCAUGGCGGAACGCACCAAACUCGAAAGUUAUAUUCUGUUUUCAUUUUUGAACACAUUUGUUUACGCGUUACCAACGCGAUGGGUCUGGGCGACUUCGGGGUGGCUGAAUAAAUUAGGGGCUGUAGAUAUCGCAGGGGCAGCGUGCGUGCAUCUAUCUGGUGGAGUCACUGGGUUGGUAGCGACGUUGGUACUGAAACCAAGAACAGGCAGAUUUGAGGGAAAGGCGAUUCCACCUAAAAUGGGUAUGCCAACGAAUGCUAUUUUUGGCAUGUUUAUGCUCUGGUGGGGCUGGUUAGGUUUCAACUGUGGUAGUACUUAUGGAAUUACCGGCGGAAAAUGGAAAUUGGCGGCAAGGUCUGCUGUAACAACUAUCACAUGUUCCAUUGGCGGCGGAACCGUGGGGAUAUUUUUAAGUUAUAUUCUGAAGAAAAGAAAAUUUGAUAUACUGUAUUUAAUAAAUGGAGUGCUUGGGUCGUUAGUAUCAGGCACCGCUAUAUGUGCGUUGGCCCGUCCCUGGGAAGCGUUGUUGAUUGGUGGGAUCGGUGGUAUCAUAUCAUGCCUUGGUGGCGAAUUGAUAGCUAAGAUGAAGAUAGACGAUCCAGUGGGUGUUGUACCUGUUCACGCAAUGUGUGGACUCUGGUCGCUUAUUGCUGUUGGUCUAUUCGUCCGUAUUGACAGACUAGAAGUAACGGUUUCAAUGCGUUUUUUUUAUUCAGGGCUGUUUUAUGGUGGUGGUUUGUAUAUGCUCGGGAUCCAGCUUCUCGCGGGAGUUGUAAUUACAGUGUGGACCGUCGCAACGUCGUAUAUUUGUCUCAAAAUACUUGACUUGACUCUGGGUUUGCGCAUGACCCUGCAGGAAGAGAUAUUGGGGGCAGAUCUCGUGGAGCAUAGUCUUAACGGCUCAUACGACAAAGCCACUGGCGAGUUACGAAGUGUUGAGGGUGAUCUAAUUGAAAUCGUCAAAUCUAACGGCGGUGCUUUUUACAAUGACGAGUUGAAAAAGUUGUCAGACGCCGUUGCUAUGCGAAUGCCGCGGGAGAUGUUUGCCUCCGUCUGUACACUGGGCCACGGCUCAGGUACCUAUUCCAACGGCGAAAUCAUCCACAUUGAUAAUGAUUUCGUCCCUGUCACGAGAGACAGACAUAAACUCAGCGUUGCAACUAUCAGUAGUCUUCGCCGAGUCACCCCCAUUGAAGAUAUGUCGUCGAUAGUUUCGUUCCGUAGCACAGUCACGAAGAACCCGACCAUGGAAUCACAUCCCACCAGAAACAGCUUAACGCUUGUAAACAAAGAUGUAAACACAGCGGAAGUGACGCAGGGCGACCCCAGCAUUUUGGCUAUCCCGGUUACUACUUUACCUCCCCUGUUGCUACCCGAUAAUAAUGGGGAAACUAAGACCGAACAAGAAACUAAGGCAUGUGUUACAGAAGUGGUUGGUACUCCAGGCGAUACAUUCGGGCAUACGGAAAACUAA